AUGUUCAAUAAUCGAGAUUCUGAUAUUAUUUUGGGCAUCCCACUAAGCUCAAAUGUCUCCAUUGAUACAUGGUCUUGGGAGGGGGAAAGAACGGGCGAGUUCUCAGUCAAAAGUGCUUAUAGCAUGCUCCAACAACAAAAGCGUGCCGAAGAGAUGGCUGCAAACUCAGACAUCUGGCGACAACUAUGGCAAUUGAAGGUUCCCCCAAAAGUCAAAAACUUUUUGUGGAGAGCCGUUACAGCACGGGCCGGUUGCUAUGGUGGAAGAUAUGCAGUUGAAGUCAUUGAAGCCAUGGGGAUUAAAGAAGCUCUCAGUUGGGUAAAGACCAACAACUGGCAACAUGUUCAAAUUGAGACGGACAGUCUUGUUUCUGUAUAA